CAUUCAACAAUUCAAAAUUGCUUAGAUGUUUUUCAUAGCAAUAAUUUUUUUUUCACUUAUUUGUCUGUGGCUAUGGGGAUGCAACAACAAGGCUAAGAGAUUACCUCCUGGUCCAAGAGGGUUGCCAAUCUUGGGAAGCCUUCACCUCUUGGGGGGACAUCCUCAUCGUGAUCUUCACCGGCUAGCACAAAAAUAUGGAUCUAUCAUGCACUUGCGCCUAGGUUUUGUGCCCACCAUAGUUGUUUCUUCACCGCAAGCUGCUGAAUUGUUCCUUAAGAUCCAUGACCAUGUCUUUGCAAGUAGACCACCCAGUGAAGCUGCAAAGUACAUCUUUUGGGGGCAGAGGGACAUUGUCUUUGGUGAAUACGGUCCUUAUUGGCGCAACAUGCGUAAGAUGUGCACCUUGGAACUACUAAGCCAAACAAAGAUCAACUCUUUCAGGAGCAUGAGGCAAGAGGAGAUUGACUCGUUUAUCAAGCUUCUGAGAGAUGCAGCCAAUGAUGGUGUUGCCGUUGAUGUUAGUGCCAAGGUUGCAACACUGAGUGCUAACAUGAGUUGUAGAAUGGUUCUGGGAAAGAAAUACAUGGAUCAGGACAUGGAUAAAAAAGGGUUCAAAGCUGUGAUGCAAGAGUCAUUGCGUUUAGCCGCCGUUCCAAACAUAGGUGACUAUAUUCCGUAUGUUGGUGCACUUAACCUUCAAGGAUUAACUAAGGGCAUGAAGGCAACGGGGAAAAUAUUUGAUAACUUUUUUGAGAAAGUUAUUGAUGAGCACAUGCAAUCAGAUAGGAAAGAAGACAAGGUCAAGGACUUUGUGGAUGUCAUGUUGGGAUUUCUUGGCACUGAAGAAUCUGAUUAUCGUGUUGAUCGCCCGGAUAUCAAAGCCAUAUUGCUGGAUAUGAUGCUGGCUUCAACAGAUACUUCAGCUGCAGCAAUAGAGUGGGCACUUUCAGAGCUAAUAAAGCAUCCAAGGGUGACGAAGAAUCUUCAAAUGGAGUUGGAAUCUGUGGUGGGAAUAAAGAGGGUAGUGGAGGAAUCAGACUUGGACAAAUUGGAGUAUUUGGACAUGGUCAUCAAGGAAACCAUUAGGAUCCAUCCAGUGGGACCAUUACUAAUACCACACCAAUCCAUGGAAGAUUGCAAUGUUGGAGAUUUCUUCAUACCCAAGAAAUCCAGGGUGAUAAUAAAUGCAUGGGCAAUUAUGAGAGAUCCAAGUGCUUGGAUUAAGCCAGAAGAAUUUUGGCCAGAAAGGUUUGAGCGAAUAGACGUUGAUUUUAGAGGGAGAAACUUCCGAUUUAUACCAUUUGGAUCUGGCAGAAGAGGAUGCCCUGGAUUACAGCUAGCCCUAACUGUUGUUCGGUUAGUGGUGGCCCAGCUUGUGCAUUGCUUUGAUUGGAAGUUACCGAAUAACUUGUUGCCAAGUGAAUUAGACAUGAGUGAGGAGUUUGGCCUCUCAAUGCCUAGGGCCAAUCAUCUAUUUGCCAUUCCUUCUUAUCGUCUUCACAAUGAACGGGGUUAGGCCAAAAAAAAAAAAUGUAAUUGCUUUACUAGGUCUCUUUGAAUAAGAUUCAUUGGUAAGACCCAACAAAAUGGGGAGAAUAAAAGUGACAGAGAAUCGCAAAUGAGAAAUAAAAGAUCAUUUUUCUUGUUGCUUAUUAUUGUAAGAA